AUGCACUAUUCGCCUCGCGAGGUUGAGAAGCUUCUCUUUUCUCAGGCCGGUCGUCUUGCACAGAGGCGUCUGGCCCACGGAAAGAAGCUGAAUCAUCUCGAAUCUACUGCUCUCAUCGCUACUGUUCUCCAAGAAAUCAUUCAUAACGAAGAUUACUCUGUCGCGGAUCUCAUGAAACUCGGCAAGGGGAUUUUGGGUCGACGACAUGUCCACCCUUCUGUCGUGGGCACGCUCAAGCAGAUGCAGGUUGAAGGAACCUUGAAGACGGGAACUCACUUGAUCACUAUUCACGACCCAAUUAGCACUGAUGAUGGUGACUUGAAGAUGGCUCUGUAUGGAAGCUCCCUCCCAGUUCCUUCUCACGACUUGUUCCCCGCUACUAAUGAAUCGGAUUUCCAUCCGUUGGCCAUGCCAGGCGCGAUUCAUCCAGCGGACACUGGAGACAUCAUUCUCAAUCCAGGCCGCGACCGAGUCAGACUCACCGUCACGAACAAGGGCACUCGAGCUGUCCAUAUCGGCUCUCACUUUCACUUCAUGGAAACAAACCCUGAUCUCGACUUCGACCGCGAGAAAGCCUACGGCUAUCACCUCGAUCUUCCGGCUGGAGAGUUUCUGCGCUUUGAACCGAAGGAACCGAAGACAGUGACUCUCGUUCAAAUUGGAGGUUCUAGGAUCAUCCAAGGCGGAAGUGGCUACGCCAAAGGUCCUGUCGAUCCCAGCAACGUUCAGAAGAUCUUACAUCAACUGCAACAAGCCGGGUACCGACACUCGCCUGAAGAAUCAACGAGACUUGAGACAUUUCAGCCUUGCUCGAUCAGUAGGGAGAAGUAUGCCUCUACAUAUGGUCCCACGACAGGUGAUCUUAUCCGUCUGGGCUCAACUGACCUCUGGGUCAAACUCGAGAAAGAUUAUACGUCUUAUGGCGAUGAGUGCACGCUAGGCUGCGGAAAGACUAUCCGAGAUGGCAUGGGAGCUGCAAGCGGCCGCUCUGACGCGGAUUGUCUUGACUUGGCUGUCAUCAACGCCGUCAUCAUUGACUGGACUGGCAUUUUCAAGGCUGACAUUGGUGUCAAGAAUGGUACCAUUGCUGGCAUUGGAAAGGCUGGUAACCCAGCAACGAUGGAUGGUGUUUCUGAUAACAUGGUAAUUGGAUCGAACACCGACAUCAUUGACGCUGGUGGUAAGAUCGUCACCGCUGGUGGAAUUGACACGCAUGUCCACAAUAUUUGUCCACAGCAGGCAUUCGAGGCCAUCUCAUCCGGCAUCACGACACUCUUUGGGGGAGGAACCGGUCCAAGUACAUCUUCUACAGCAGUCAACGGCACCGCGAGUAAGAAGUACAUCCGACAAAUGAUGCAAGCGUGCGACCAACUUCCCCUUAACUUCGGCCUCGUCGGAAAAGGCAGCGACUCUGAAAGGGUCGGUCUUCUCGACCAGAUCAAGGCUGGCGUUAUCGCGCUGAAGCUGCAUGAGGACUUUGGCUGCACGCCUUCAACAAUCGACAACUGCUUGGACGUCUGCGAAGAACAGGACAUCCAAUGCCAUAUCCACACCGACGGUCUCAACGAAGCAGGCUUCCUCGAACACACCGCAGCAAUCUUCAAAGGGCGUAGCAUUCACGUUUAUCAUGUUGAAGGCGCGGGAGGAGGCCAUGCGCCAGACGUGAUCAAGCUAGUCGCCUAUCCCAACGUCCUCCCUAGCAGCACGACCCCAACCAUGCCUUUUACGACCAACACCAUCGACGAGCAUAUUGACAUGGCCGCCAACUGCCAUCGCCUGUCAAAGGAUAACCCCGAUGACGCUUCGUUCCUUAAGAACCGCAUCAGGGAGGAGACAAUCUCAGCCGAGGAUAUUCUUCAUGACAUUGGGGCAAUCAGUAUCAUGUCAUCUGACUCGCAAGCUAUGGGUCGAUCAGCAGAGGUGCUGACAUGCACUUGGAAAGCAGCGCAUAAGAACAAAGUCCAACGCGGACCAUUGGACGAGGACAAAGAUACAGGUGCAGAUAACUACCGCGUCAAGCGGUAUAUCAGCAAGUAUACCAUCAAUCCUGCGAUCACCCAAGGAAUAAGCCACGCCGUUGGUAGUGUUGAGGCUGGGAAACUGGCCGACCUGGUAAUCUGGGACCCCGCUGAGUUUGGAACCAAGCCUUUCCAGGUUUUGAAGAAGGGUUUCAUUACAUAUGUACAAAUGGGUGACCCCAACGGAGCCGUAGCAGACGUCGAACCUUUGAUCGGUCGACCGAUGUAUGGAGCUCUACAUCCCGAAUCGAGUGUUAUGUUUGUAUCACAAGCAAGCAUCGCAAAAGGCGGCGACGUUCAUUCGUAUGGCCUCAGGAAACAGAUUGAGAUUGUUAAGAACUGCCGAACUGUAAAGAAGCGUGAUCUCAAGUAUAACAGCGCGACACCAAAGGUUGAGGUAGACCCUGAGACUCUGGUUGUUACUUGCGAUGGAAAGGAACUCAGGUCUGAGCCGGCGAGCUCUCUGCCUCUGACGAGACAAUCGUUCUUGUAUUAG